CUUAGAGACUGGACCGAGUUGGGUUUCCGUCCUAAUUAAUUCUCCUGUACAAGGAGCAAUGGAAGACGACGCCGACGCAGGAAGAGAAGCCGCGAUGGCCUCCGCACGCUCUCAACUCUCCGAUAAAAAGCCCAAAUCUGGCCCCACAGCUGACCAGCUUUCGAAGUUUCAAGAAUUGCGUAGAAGGCGUUUACAGAUACAAGCAAAGUCAAAAACUAAAAGUUGCUUGAAAAAAGAGAUUGUUAAUGCACCCCGCAAAUCUCAUGAUAAAGAUAACAAAACUAAAGAAAGUAUAGAACACACGAGCAAAAAUGCUGAUGGUCUUCCAGAAGAUUUAGCUGUUCCAAGAAGCAGUUCAGACGAUAUUUUCCCUUCUAAUCAUCAGAAUACAGUGGUACACAAAGAGUCACACAAGUGCCAGAAAUUGCACUGGGGCCUUGGUGUGAAAAAGAGGUGGGAAAGAAAAUCAAACAUGUAGAGAUACAACAUAUCAUGUGAUUGCUACUACCACUAUUUACCUAUGGUCCAAGUGCUGUCUGGAUCAGCCAUGAUUGUAUAGUGGUAACGUGGCAUUUCUCCAACAACCUAGUAAUGGCUUGCCAACAUAAUGAGGAAUAGCAUUAUGGUAAAAGAAAGUGCUAUGAUGUAUUGGUGGACAAGAAUGUGAGAAUGCAACAACACUGAAUCAUAGUUUGUUCACCUGUGAUGGUUGCUGCACUAUUGAGU